UGUCGUUUGACAUAACUGGCAUCCCUGCCGGGUGUGUGUGCGAAGAUACGAUUUGUGUAUUUUGUAAUUUACUUAUUUUUAACUGUAAACAAUGCGUAAUACAUAUAAUUUAAUAUUAAUCUAUUAAAAUGUUUAAUCGUUUAAUGCCCAAUGUAAAAGUUUAAGAAUUUUAUACGUUUUCUAUAUUAAUGUGAAGUUCUCGUGCUUUGUCUUCGUGUGUGACAAUAUCUCAAAAUGGCGCAUCAACUAGCACCGUCUGUAAAUUGUUCUUUAGACGAUAUUGACCUCAGUGCUCUAAAGGAUCCGGCUGGUAUAUUUGAACUUAUAGAAGUAGUCGGAAAUGGCACUUAUGGACAAGUUUACAAGGGACGUCACACCAAAACAGGUCAGCUUGCUGCUAUCAAAGUUAUGGAUGUCACACAAGAUGAAGAGGAAGAGAUCAAGCUUGAGAUAAAUGUCCUGAAGAAAUACUCUAAUCAUCGGAACAUUGCUACAUAUUAUGGUGCAUUUAUCAAAAAGAGCCCACCUGGGAAAGAUGAUCAACUCUGGUUGGUCAUGGAAUAUUGUGGUGCCGGAUCGGUCACAGAUUUGGUCAAGUCAACAAAAGGCCAGUCAUUGAAAGAAGAAUGGAUAUCCUAUAUAUGUAGAGAAAUAUUGAGAGGCCUGAGUUAUUUACACACUAACAAAGUUAUACACAGAGAUAUUAAAGGGCAAAAUGUGUUGCUCACAGAUAAUGCUGAAGUCAAACUUGUGGAUUUCGGCGUUUCGGCACAACUGGAUAGAACAAUCGGAAGGAGGAACACAUUCAUAGGUACCCCUUAUUGGAUGGCGCCUGAAGUGAUAGCUUGUGAUGAAAACCCCGACGCGACGUAUGAUAACAGAUCCGAUCUCUGGUCUCUUGGCAUCACGGCUCUAGAGAUGGCUGAGAGUCAACCUCCUCUCUGUGAUCUCCAUCCCAUGAGAGCACUCUUCCUCAUUCCCAGAAAUCCACCUCCACGCUUAAAGGCAAAGAAGUGGACUAAAAAAUUCCACAGUUUUAUUGAAACUGUUCUUGUGAAAGACUAUCAUCAGCGUCCUUACACUGAACAGCUACUGAAACAUCCAUUUAUAAGAGAUCAGCCUACAGAACGUCAAGUAAGGAUACAACUGAAAGAUCAUAUAGAUAGAUGUAAGAAGAGAAAGCAAGAUAACUCGGUACGAGAGGACUAUAAGUACUCGGGUUCGGAAGGCGAAGAAGAGGAGAAUGCAGUGGCUGGAGAGCCGUCAUCGAUCGUCCACAACGCGGCCGCGCACCAGGGCGGUGACACUCUUCGCCGCAACUUCCAGCAAAUUCAAGAAUGCAGCAGAGCUCCUGCUGACGCCUCUCAGCCGCAGCCACCGCCGAAGCGCAACAGCAAGCGCGAGGAACGUGAAGAAAUACCAGAACCUGGCCCACCAGCGAGGCCUUCCAUACCCCAAAGACUGAUUGUUGUACCAGAUCCUCAGGUGCAGCAGCCUAACAGAUACAGACCCCUACCUCCGACACCCAAGUCAUCGGGCUCCUCAAACAGCUCGGGCUCCAACAACGGCACUCCGCCAGCCAGCGGGCCACAGCCUCCACAGCGCGGCUCUCAUAUGUUUAAACCCAUGCUACCACCAAGAAGGCCAGAGGACUUGGAUAAAUUAGCCGCGCAACUUAACGAACUGGGUGCGGUCUCCGGAAAUGAACCGCCUAAUCGCCCGCCGCGGGCACCUACUAACGGACAAGGUCCCCCGGUGGAGAGGAGCGCCCCCGAGCCCACGUUCGACGACACCGACAGCGACUCUGAAGCCGAAGAGAGCGGCGGCCGCGUGCGCAACGACGGCACUCUCCUCGCCAGCGACCCGCCCAAACCACUGCCGGGGCUGAGCGCGGUGGCGGAGCACGGCGCGCCGACGACGGCGCCCACGCGCCCGCUGCCGCCCACGCCCGACGACGACGACGCGCACGCCGACCGCACGCUCGUCAUGAAGCGGAGGGAAAACUCUGAAAAUGAUAAAAAGCAGUCCGAGGUCGAUGAAGCCGUUCUACUCAAAGAUUGGGACUUCGCUAGAUUUUUUCCAUCAAAAGGUAUCGAGAAAAAAGAGGAGAAACGAGAUAAACCUAAGGAAACUGAACAAAAACUGGCACAAAUCCAAUCCCAAUCGAGACUGGAAAUGGAAGAAGCUUGGGCGAAAUACAAGGCGAUCGCUACUCCACCGUCGCGACACAAACAGUUGUUCCAAAAACCCAAUGAAAAGUCCACUCAAGACAAGUUGUCUGACAUUUUAAAAUAUAAAAAAGAACAAGAUGCAGAGUUGAAUUCUCCAAAUAGAUUUUUUAGAGGAUUUAGAAGAGAGAACUCUGAUUUUUUUCCCUUACCCAGUACUCGACACUCCGCCAUCUUCUUCCCGAAACAUGAAAGUCACAUUGGCCCAAGUAAGCAACUCAGAUCCAGUGGUUUUUUUAACAACUCCCGCAAACAGAGCACAAAGUCUUCGGCUUCGGGUGAACCAGUUCUAACAGAUUUUAUCAAAAUGAGUGACAGUUUAAAGAGCUCUGCACAAGGAGAAAAAAAGAAAAACACUAAAUUAAGUAAUGACAAGAAGGCAAACGAUAAAAAAGCUGCACCAUCCAGUUCUAUAGAAGCUUUAAAGAAUGUAGCUGCUUUGAUCAGACAAGACAGCGAGCAAAGCAACAACGGCAUGAGCCGGCAGAGCAGUGUCAACAGCGACUCUCCGGCGACCAGCAUCUGCUUCACGAGCGGAGCCUCCUUCGAGAAGGCAGGCACGCCGGAUCUCACCGCAAACACGCUGGAAAAUAACAUCCAAAUGACUGCCUCUGCCGACGCGGCCAAUCUGAUGCGGCCUCGUAGAGAAAAGACUGAGUCUGAUAUUGUAUUUCGAAGGAAUUCCCUCUAUAACCGACACACAGAACUGAUGUCGAAUGGGCAGGAAGCGGUACUCGCACAGGAUCAGGGUCGGUCGAGCGGCGCAGCCGACGGCAGCGGCGCGCGCACGAGCUCGGUGCUGCCGGACCUGCUGAGCCAGGCCGGCCAGCCCACCACGCCGCCGCGACACGACAAGUCCACCAGCGAAGAGUAUCGGCAAGCGAUUGCCGGCGGGACCCCCCUCCCACACCACCACCACCCGCUCCCGUCCUCGGUCCAGUCCACUCCUUCCAAGUCGUUCGUCGCGAGUGUUGCGUCCCCUCACGGUCUUCAGCACUCCCCGUCCAACUCGUCAGUGGGUUCCCAUCAGUUCCUUCCGUUGCAACAGAAGCAGCGGUCGUUCCUGGCGUUCGGGUUCGGCGCCGGCACCACGGGCAGCAGCGGCACGGGCGGCUCAGGCAACGCCUCGCGCCGCGAGAGCCACGUCAACGUCAACGUCACGCCUUCCGGACACGAUCUCACCUCCGACACUCCUGAGAUACGAAAAUAUAAGAAGAGAUUCAAUUCCGAAAUUCUGUGUGCCGCAUUGUGGGGUGUCAAUUUGUUAAUUGGUACUGAGAAUGGUUUGAUGCUUCUGGACCGUUCAGGUCAGGGCAAAGUUUAUCAAUUGAUCUCACGACGCCGCUUCCAACAGAUGGAAGUGUUAGAAGGACAAAAUAUCCUCGUAACAGUUUCUGGCAAGAAAAAUAGAGUUCGCGUGUAUUAUCUCAGUUGGCUCAAGUCAAAGAUUCUGCGCACUGAUGGACUGAGUGAUCAAGCAGAAAGGAGAAAUGGUUGGAUAAAUGUGGGUGAACUCCAAGGAGCUGUGCACUUUCGGAUCGUAAAAUAUGAAAGGAUUAAGUUCCUAGUAAUAGCUCUGAAGGAUUCUAUUGAAAUCUAUGCAUGGGCACCUAAACCAUAUCACAAGUUUAUGGCCUUCAAAAACUUCGGAGUUCUGCAACACAGGCCACUUUUAGUAGAUCUUACCAUUGAAGAAGGAACAAGACUGAAAGUAAUUUAUGGUUCAGCUGAUGGCUUCCAUGCUAUUGAUUUGGAUACUACAGCUGUAUAUGACAUAUAUAUUCCAAAACAUAACCAGGGGCCCAUUAUUCCACAUUGUAUUGUGCCUCUUCCAAAUUCUAAUGGUGUGCAAUUGCUGUUAUGCUAUGAUAAUGAAGGAGUUUAUGUUAACACUAACGGACGCGUCAGCAAAAAUAUUGUUCUUCAGUGGGGAGAAAUGCCGACAUCAGUUGCUUAUAUUGGUACAGGACAGAUCAUGGGUUGGGGCAACAAAGCUAUUGAAAUCAGAUCUGUAGAAAGCGGUCAUUUGGAUGGUGUAUUCAUGCACAAAAAAGCACAACGACUUAAGUUUUUAUGUGAACGUAAUGAUAAAGUAUUCUUCUCGUCCGCUAAAGGGGGCUCGUCUUGUCAGAUUUAUUUCAUGACUCUCAACAAACCCGGUAUGGCUAAUUGGUAGUGUCAGAGCGCGCCUUCGAUCUGUGAUGCACAAGACCGCGAGUUAGUCCUGCUAUAUACAGGUGUACGCUGAUGUACAAGAACAUAUGCCAGUAGAUAAGUCAAUGUAUCUAAAUUUUCAUUGGUUUUGCCCCUACAAAGACUUGUGAUAGUGGCAGUGCUCAAAAGACAAUCCACAAAAUAUUAUAACGUUCAAAUAUUUGAGGACUAUUAUUAUACAAUGUCGCAUUUUAUACUGACAUUAUAAUUUCAUUACAAGCUGCUAGGGAUUAUUAUAAUGUUAAGCAAUAACCUCUAGACUAAAUGUUUUGAUAUUGACAAUUAUUCUUAAGUAAGUUAAAUCUGCUUAGGUUUUAUAUUAUGUUGCUAAUGUUUAUUUCUAAAAGAAAGUGUAAUUUGAUACUAUUAAUUCACAUAUGCCAUAUUAUAUUGUUUAUAAUGUUAAGAAAAACGUUAAGCUGAAGUGAUUGGUAAAGAUUUUUUUAAAACAAUAAUGCCAUGUUUAACAAAUUACAAAAUAUAAAUAUUGACAAUCAUAGAAAAUGAGAUUUUAGAUAACUGCAAUUCUAUGCCUCCACCCAUUUUAAUGCUGUUUCACUUA